CAGAUAAUAAUUCAUACUACAACCAAGCACUUUCUGGGAGGUUUUUAUUUUUAAUCUUUCGGCUGCAGCCUCACUCGGCCAGAUGCAAGUAGUGAUAUGACAUCUUCAGAGGGAGGAGAAAUGAAAGAGAGCAUGUAGGAGUUAGAGAGGAAGAGAAAUUAACAGGAUAUAGGUGUGCUCUGCAUGUGUGAGUGUGUAGAUUUUCACAUGUGCAGUUUGGUCUUGCUGGUUGGAGUACGCUGUGACUAUUCUCAGAGGCAUGAAGAUUAUUUCAACGCUGAAAUUGCCCAUGCUACACUGAGAGAAACAGAGAAGGCGAAAGAGGAAGGAACAGGCCUGUGUAAAACUUUCCGGCCCAGAUUCACGCAAGAUAACCUCCGUAGAACACAACCACACAAAGAACACGUCAAAAAAGAUGAAUUUCUUCAGUCAGCUGCUCAGAGUUUAAAGUUUCCUUCAUUUUUGAUCACGUUCAUGGUUGAAUCUCCAAAGACAAUAUCAGCUCACCUGAGAAAUUUUGUUGCACUAACCCUGAAAUUGUUACAGGAAACGUCUAGAUCGAGUGACUUUUUCAGCCAGUAUGCUCACCAUGAGGCUUACUUUUAGCUAUUUGCUUCUGUUCCUUGCUCUCGGACCCUGUUUCAAGUCCACCGAUGCACAAGAGACAACGACAAACACAGAUGCAAUCCUCCCCACAUCACAGAACAAUUUCACUAUGGAGACAACUUUAGGUCCUGAAAUCACCACACCUGAAAAUACAAUUACUCUAGCACAGACAGAAGCGGAUCCGGAUAAUCCAGAAACCACACUUGUUAAUCAAGUAAGCACCAUGCAGGAACCAACAUCUGAGAGUCCUCAACCGCUCAGUGCUGAGAUCGAACAAACAUCACAAAUAUCUGAUCCUGAAACUACAACUGUACAAACAGAGCAGACCACAGUGUCCACCCCUAUUGCGUAUGUUAAUGUGGGAACAACAGCGACUGAACGAAUAACUUCAGAUGCCCCAAGCACAAGUCAUUAUGAAACAACAUUUGAGUUAACCAUCUCAACAGAACGUCCUACAGAUGAAAUCACCACAGCAACUGUGGCCAUGACCACUGAGUCAACAGAAGCCCUCAAUCCCACAUUCAUUCUCGCCGAAUCAACUGCUGAGCCUCCGUCCAUCAUCUCCAGCCCUGCAGACACCAGCACUACCAGUCUAACACCAACUUCUCAGCUCCCUCAAAAUACUGCUGCACCCAUGCACCCGCUCACGACUCUUGAUGAAGAAUCAGUCUACACCUCCAUCGGCCCCGCAGCAGACGACAGUACAGGCUCUCCCAUAGAAACCAACUGGAUAUUAAUAAUCAUAGUGUGUGUGGCCGUUAUUUUUGCGCUGUGUGUGGGCAUGAUUCUGUUCGUCCAUAGGCGAAAGAAAAAUGCCUCAAGGAACUUUCGACCCCAAAGUAAAUGGUCCAAGAAGAAAAAAGGGGGGGAGAAUGACGCAUGGGCGGGGCCUGUCAAUCUGGAGGCGGGAGCUGAAAAUGAUGCUGAGGUACAGGAGGGUCUUCUUCCUAAUAAUGGGAAAUUGGAUGGAGAUGAUAUGGUGCUCAGCACAUUCACCGCCCCGGAUGGAGGAGACGUGGCUAAUGGUGGAGUGGGUGGGGACGGUACCAAAGAGGCUAAGAAAUGGGAAGAACAGGAGCCUUUUAAAUUCAUAGAUGAGGAUGUGAAUGAAGACAAGACAACACCGGCAGAGAGUGAGAAACAGAAAGGAGAUGAAAAAAGUGAAGAGAAGGGGAUGAAUGGAGGAGAAACAUUCUGUCUCACCACUGCUGUUUAAACGUCUUCUGUUGACUAAAUGAACAUAAGGGGUUUAAGGGAUUUAGUUUUUAUAUAUUAUCUGAUGAUCGCAAUUCAUUAUCAGCAAAGGUGCAAUGUAUUAUGAUGCUCUAAAAAACCUACUUAUUUAAAAGUGCGGUAAUAUUAGUCAAAUUUCCGCAAAAUUUGGCCAGCAAAAUAUCUGUUGCCUAGUGUCAAUACUGUACUGUGGUUGUGUGAAGCACAACUUCUAUACACAGUUUGAACAGGAAGAUUGUGUUCAGUUUUAUCUCUCUCUUCCAUUUUGUAUCUUUGGGUUCGCAUACGAGCCACUUCAUCCGGGACUUUGUCUCUUUCAUUCCAACAUAAGAAAACAUUUCUGCAUCUGAAAUGGCAUUUAGAUUCAUUUACACAGGCAGUUUAACGCAGCUUAGAGGGGACGCAUUUAAUAGCAGUUACAAGUGCAUAAAUAAUGUUUUGUUUUCAAUGUAAAACGUUGAAUAUUGAUAUUUGAAAAGAUUUAAACCAAGAAAAUAUAGUCUAUUUGAAAUGUGAAAUGAAGUGACUGUUAAUGAGCGAGUCAUAGAGAUUAAGUCGUUCAUUUAAAAGCUUGAUUCUUUCAAUAAGCCUGCACAUUUCAAUUAGGAGCUAUAGCUAAUGGAGUACAAGUGAAAGUUGGCAGAAAUAUUCAAACUCCGUUUCUAUUAAAUAUUAAAGUACAGGUUCUCAUAAAAAAUACUUAAGUACUCUAAUGUUACUUCGUUACAUUACACCACUGUGACUAAUUGAACACAUUGCAAAAUUGCUGUGGGUAACUCUUUCACCCACGCAAAUUUGCAGAUUACAUGCUAUCGAAAUUACUGGAUUUCAUCAGCAAAAACUUACUUUACCGUACUUUAAGUAAUGGUUGAAUUAAUUAAACUUAAUCAUGUAUCCAUUUCAAAUGUUUGCCAGUGAUGUAGAUUUAAAAAGCAACAGUCUGGAUCUUUAGAUAUAUGUGUUUUUGUUUGUUUUGAUGUUGGAUAGUGCACUAAAAUUCACUGAUUAUGGCAUACAAUGUUGAUGUUUAAAAAACCAGUUAAACUUUAGAACUUACAUUCUGAGAAUGAAGCUUUUUUUUUCUCUUCCUGUAAGUAUAGAGAUUUAUGGCAUAGCAUAUUAAUCAAUGAUGGCAAAAUAUGCAAUAAAAUGUUUAUAUUUUUAAAUACAAA